CGUCCCCCAUCCCGCGCCCGCACUCCGCAGAUUUCUCACGCCGCCAUGCCCCGCACGCCCGCGCCGCCCCGGCCCAGCGCAGGAGCCCCCACGCGGUCGGCGUCGGCGGACGGCGGUACUCCCGUCUCACCGCCGGCGGCUUAGCUAGCGCCUAGAGCUUCCGCACGCUUCGCCCGAAGCGCCUACGCGGUCUCUAUCUCUCACACACUCGCUCGCUCCCCCUACUGCGUGCACCGUACGGUGCGGUCAUGGCCGGCCGCCUCUUCCUGCUCCGGCGGACCACAAGUGCGUUGCGGCGGCAGACACCACGAUCUCGCUCUUUUCGCCCGUCGUCUGACGGUGGGAACUUGGCGUCUUCCCGCGGGAUGCUGGAACUUCUCGCGCCUCCGCCCUGCUCACCAUCUUAUACUUUCCGCAAGGUUUUCAACAGAAAUGUUGGGUUCUUCAGUUGGCUUCAAAGUCAUAAUCUCCAAGCCUGCCAUUGUAUCCAUACAAGUCGAUCAGUUAGUAAUGAAUAUCAGGCUAUGGAGGAGCCUCAACAAAAUCCAGGAGCGGCUGUAUCAGUUGGCGAUUCUGCUGAACCAAAACCGAAGAGGAAAAAGCUGAAAGGGAAGAGGGCAGUAACAAGAUUUUUGAAAUCCUUGAGAUGGAAAAAGAAAAAGGAGAUUCAGAGAAUGACAGCAGAGGAGAAGAUUCUGUACAAACUGAAGCUUGCUCGAAAGAAGGAAGAGCGGCUUGUCGCAGCACUGAAAAAAAUUGAACCAGAAGAUCCGUCAGAACCUACACAUGAUCCGGAAGUGCUUACACCUGAAGAACACUUCUAUUUCCUCAAGAUGGGCCAAAAAUGUAAAAACUAUGUGCCUGUUGGAAGACGUGGAAUUUACCAGGGAGUGAUCUUGAACAUGCACUUGCAUUGGAAAAAGCACCAAACUCUCCAGGUAAUUGUGAAGACAUUCACACCAGAUGAAGUCAAGGAAAUUGCCACAGAGCUAGCCAGAUUAAGUGGUGGGAUUGUGCUUGACAUUCAAGAUGGGAACACAAUUAUUAUGUACAGAGGGAAAAACUAUGUGCAGCCACCACCAGAAAUCAUGUCUCCAAAAGUUACACUGCCUAGAAAAAAGGCACUGGAUAAAUCCAAAUACAAAGAAAAGCUCAGAGCUGUUAGGCGGUACAUUCCCAGGCUUGAGCAGGAGCUUGAAGAUCUUCAUGCGCAGAUGAAGUUAGCUGGAGGGCAUAAAGGUGGUGUAGGGAAAUAUGUUACUUCAGUUUCACCAAAUGCAAACAGUAUGACAGCAAGAGAAGAAUCUUCUAUCUCAGUUCGCAAUAAAACUGUAUCUGAUCUGCUGUCAGAAAGCGCAGAGGGAUCCAAGGGGUUAGAGGAUGAAAGUUCUGAGGUUGAAGACGUCUCAGCUUCAGAGUCUAUGUCAUUUUCAGAGUCUGAGGAUCUCUCUGACAUUUUUGAGACAGAAUCAGAGGAGCAGGAAGAAGACAGCAAGGAACGCCCCUUAUAUCUGGAUAGGCUGGAUAAGUUUCCCUCAGAAAACAAUGAUAAUGAACAAGAUGAUUUUGAGGAGCAUCUACGGAAGAUCGCUUCGCUUUCUGAUAAGUCUGAUUCACCUUCGAAAGAACUAAAAGUUUCAGAGCUUGACGAGAUUGAUAAAAUAUUUCUGAGAGCUAGUUCAUUGUUGAAGAAAAGGUGAAAAAUUGGGAUUUGUAUACAAUGGUCCUCAUAUUUAUAUGCACCGUGAAAGGUAUUUUGUGCAGUUUUAAUGGCAUCUUCAGAAAGGAUUUAUGAUCAUCCAGCAAGACUGGCCAUUAUUGGGAGUUUGUUUAUGCUCACAAUCAUUUUACGGUGACCAUGACAUAAUUGGAAUUUAGUGAGGUCAUUUGAAUUUGAUACCAGCAAUCAGGUUCGUAUAGGUACACGCUUUUGUUGAAAUGCAAUGGCAUUUAUCAAAAUGGGGGGAACCCUCGGCAACUGCCAACUGCUGUUAGCUGUAGCCAUCCUAUGUAAGUGCUAAUUUUUGUAGAUUUGAAGUCUUGAUUCUAGAAGAUACAUGAGUAUCCCUUCAUGCCGAACUGGUGUAUUGCUUCAUAUGGUUCGCUUGUUGGAGAUAAUUAAUGUUGCCUUUAGUUGAGCUAGGUUCUGUGCACGUGCUAGUUGAUCUCCCAACUGUAAUUGUUAACCUAAUAUUCAGGUUUUUAACCAGAAAUGAGCUGAUUUAUAAAA